AUGAGUCUGUCAGGCAGCCGGGGAACGGUGGGAGUUACUGGCCCCGGAGGGCCACACCAGGCGGGGCUGCGGCUGAAGCUGAAGGGCGCCGGGAGGGUGGUAGUGACCGGACUUCAUCAUGGAGCCCCUCAGGCGGGGAAAGAGAGGGGAAGAAGGCGGGACAGUAGGAGAGAAGAGCAGACGGGGGGCGGUGUGGCGACCCCUGGUGUCAGGAGUGAUACUGGGGCCACCCCUGGUGUCAGAAGGGAUACAGGGGCCACCCCUGGUGUCAGGAGGGAUACUGGGGCCACCCCUGGUGUCUGGAAGGAUACUGGGGCCACCCCUGGUGUCUGGAAGGAUACUGGGGCCACCCCUGGUGUCUGGAAGGAUACUGGGGCCACCCCUGGUGUCAGGAGUGAUACUGGGGCCACCCCUGGUGUCAGGAGUGAUACUGGGGCCACCCCUGGUGUCAGGAAGGAUACUGGGGCCACCCCUGGUGUCAGGAGUGAUACUGGGGCCACCCCUGGUGUCAGGAAGGAUACUGGGGCCACCCCUGGUGUCAGGAAGGAUACUGGGGCCACCCCUGGUGUCAGGAAGGAUACUGGGGCCACCCCUGGUGUCAGGAAGGAUACUGGGGCCACCCCUGGUGUCAGGAAGGAUACUGGGGCCACCCCUGGUGUCUGGAAGGAUACUGGGGCCACCCCUGGUGUCUGGAAGGAUACUGGGGCCACCCCUGGUGUCUGGAAGGAUACUGGGGCCACCCCUGGUGUCUGGAAGGAUACUGGGGCCACCCCUGGUGUCGGGAAGGAUACUGGGGCCACCCCUGGUGUCUGGAAGGAUACUGGGGCCACCCCUGGUGUCAGGAAGGAUACUGGGGCCACCCCUGGUGUCUGGAAGGAUACUGGGGCCACCCCUGGUGUCAGGAAGGAUACUGGGGCCACCCCUGGUGUCUGGAAGGAUACUGGGGCCACCCCUGGUGUCUGGAAGGAUACUGGGGCCACCCCUGGUGUCUGGAAGGAUACUGGGGCCACCCCUGGUGUCUGGAAGGAUACUGGGGCCACCCCUGGUGUCUGGAAGGAUACUGGGGCCACCCCUGGUGUCUGGAAGGAUACUGGGGCCACCCCUGGUGUCUGGAAGGAUACUGGGGCCACCCCUGGUGUCUGGAAGGAUACAGGGGCCACCCCUGGUGUCUGGAAGGAUACUGGGGCCACCCCUGGUGUCUGGAAGGAUACUGGGGCCACCCCUGGUGUCUGGAAGGAUACUGGGGCCACCCCUGGUGUCAGGAAGGAUUCUGGGGCCACCCCUGGUGUUGGGGCUGAUAUUAGCUUGUCUCAUGUGGCUCAGUCAAUUCAGGAAUCUAAAGAUGAGAAGUCAGUAACUGGGGUGAGAAGAGGUCUCCAGACUGAGAGUGAGGUUACAAGGGGUACCAGGGCAGACAGCGGGGUGCCGCGUCCUCCGGGGGCAGACAGCGGGGUGCCGCGUCCUCCGGGGGCAGACAGCGGGGUGCCGCGUCCUCCGGGGGCAGACAGCGGGGUGCCGCGUCCUCCGGGGGCAGACAGCGGGGUGCCGCGUCCUCCGGGGGCAGACAGCGGGGUGCCGCGUCCUCCGGGGGCAGACAGCGGGGUGCCGCGUCCUCCGGGGGCAGACAGCGGGGUGCCGCGUCCUCCGGGGGCAGACAGCGGGGUGCCGCGUCCUCCGGGGGCAGACAGCGGGGUGCCGCGUCCUCCGGGGGCAGACAGCGGGGUGAUCAGGGUUCUUGGGGGCGACAGCGGGGUGACUGGCCACCAGAGACCAUCUCCACGGAGGAGGCCGGUGGAUGUUACCCGCCCACGAGCCUCUAAUCAUGGGGUAACAGACCGCAAGGCCCAUAGAGCAGUGAGUAAUGGGGGCUCGGAGGCCAGAGGGGCCCGUAGAAGGCCGGUCACAGUGGACAGCUCCAAGGCCAAGACGUCUCUGGAGGCGCUGAGAAUCGGCAUCAAGCAGCUGAAGUGGAAGGAGUUUCCCCUUGGCCGCCGUCUGCCCUGCGACAUUUACUGGCACGGGGUGUCCUUCUAUGAAAGUGAGAAUCUCUGCUCCGGUGAAGUCAACAAGUUCCCAGGGAUGGCAGAGGUGGUGCGCAAAAUCAGCCUGAGCCGAGCCAUGAGGACCAUGCAGGAGCUGUACCCGGAGGAGUAUGACUUCUACCCCCAGUCCUGGGUCCUUCCUGAGGAGUAUCACAUCUUCUCAGCAGAGGUUCGCAUGGCUAAAGACAACAACCCUUCUUGGAAGCCUACUUUCAUUGUGAAGCCAGAUGGUGGGUGCCAAGGAGAUGGCAUCUACCUCAUUAAGGACCCUGCAGAGGUCCGGACUAUGACUAGUCUCCAGAACCGUCCUGCAGUGGUCCAGGAGUACAUCACUAAGCCGCUCCUCAUAGACAGGCUGAAGUUUGAUUUGCGCCUCUAUGUCUUACUGAAGUCCUUAGAACCUCUGGAGAUUUACAUGUCCAAGGACGGCCUGUCACGCUUCUGCACCGAGCAGUACCAGGAGCCCAACCACAAGAACCUCCACCAUGUCUACAUGCACCUGACCAACUACUCUCUCAACAUCCACAGCAGCAACUUCAUCCACUCCAACAGUGUGCACACAGGUAGCAAGCGAACAGUGUCCAGCGUCCUCUACAGACUCCUGGCCAAAGGCAUGGACAUCAAGAACAUCUGGUCGGACAUCAUAGCACUGGUCGUCAAGACGGUCGUGGCUCUGAUUCCAGAACUUAAGGUCUAUUACCAGCUAGACAUACCCCCAGGAAAGCCCGGACCCUCUUGCUUCCAGAUUUUGGGGUUUGACAUUCUCCUGAUGAAGAACCUGAAGCCGGUGCUGCUAGAGGUGAACGCCAACCCCAGCAUGAAGAUUGAGCACGAGGAGGAGCUGCUGCCAGGUGUCUAUGAGAAUGUGCCGAGCCCUGUGGACGAGGAGGUGAAGAGCGCCGUCAUCAGGGACACGCUGCGCCUCGUGCACCUGGAGAGUAGGAGCAAGCAGAAGCCAUCUCCAUCUUCUGGUAAAAUGAACGAUGUCCAAAGCGGAUCUCCAGACUGUGACCCUGAGAGGAGCGAGAGCCCCAACAAGCGUCACCUGCCUCCGUUGUGCCUUAAGCAACUGUACCCCAAGUAUUCCAAGCAGUUCAGUCACCUCCGGGUGUUGGAGCGAAUCACUUCCCUGUUCAUUCGAUUUCUGGGAGUGAAGGGAUCCAUGAGGAUGGGGCCAACAGGAUUCCGCACCUUCAUAUGGAGCUGUCAGCUGAGUGGCGGCAGCUUCUCCAUGGCGGCAGGCGACAUCCUGUACAUUGAUAUAACCCGGCGGUGGAACAGCCAAGAGCACAAAGAGUCCGGGAUGUGUCUGCAGGCGUUCUUCGAGGCUUUCUUCCACUUGGCGCGGCGGCGUUAUAAAGGGCUAGCGCUUCAUGAGAAGGUGCAGUCCCUGGUGGAAUUCUGUGAAUGUCAGCUGGACUCAGUGGAGGAGAAGAGACUGCUUUGCAGCAGGGCACUGGCUGAACAGAGAAACGCCUUUUCCACCUACCGCCAGGCAAGCAUUCACAGGACCUCAUAUCCGGUGCACCGCGCCAGUGCGCCCUGCAAACUGACAGAUUACAAGCUCCAGCAUUCCUGAGCAUCGCCCCUUGACUGACUGGUGGCCUCUGCUACAACCAUCUCUGUGCCUGCAGGUGACAGAGUUAAUCCCUACAAUCCCAUGAGCUCUAUAUUUGUUUGGCCCUAACACCUCUCUACUCUACCGGUUGCAGUACCUAGUGUGCACCCAUGGGUGGCACUGUUACAAUUGUAGUCUAUGGUCAUUCACUGCUGGAUCUGGUCAACAGUCCUUGAUUGCUGGAGUCCGCUAGCAUGGCCGGGUCAAACACUGCAUCGGAAAAGGGUUUACAGAUGACAUGAUGAAUCGGUGUGGUAGUCGCCUGCGCAGGGUUUACAGCUGACAGAUGGUGAAUCGGAGCAGUCGUUGCCGGCACAGGAUUUACAGAUGACAUGAUGAAUCGGUGCAGUUGUCGCCUGCGCAGGGUUUACAGAUGACAGAUGGUGAAUCGGAGCAGUCGUUGCCUGCACAGGGUUUACAGAUGACAUGAUGAAUCGGUGCGGUUGUCGCCUGCGCAGGGUUUACAGAUGACAGAUGGUGAAUCGGAGCAGUCGUUGCCUGCACAGGGUUUACAGAUGACAUGAUGAAUCGGUGCGGUUGUCGCCUGCGCAGGGUUUACAGCUGACAGAUGGUGAAUCGAAGCAGUCGUUGCCUGCACAGGGUUUACAGAUGACAUGAUGAAUCGGUGCAGUUGUCGCCUGCGCAGGGUUUACAGCUGACAGAUGGUGAAUCGGAGCAGUCGUUGCCUGCACAGGGUUUACAGAUGACAUGAUGAAUCGGUGCGGUUGUCGCCUGCGCAGGGUUUACAGCUGACAGAUGGUGAAUCGGAGCAGUCGUUGCCGGCACAGGAUUUACAGAUGACAUGAUGAAUCGGUGCGGUUGUCGCCUGCGCAGGGUUUACAGAUGACAGAUGGUGAAUCGGAGCAGUCGUUGCCGGCACAGGAUUUACAGAUGACAUGAUGAAUCGGUGUGGUUGUCGCCUGCGCAUGGUUUACAGCUGACAGAUGGUGAAUCGGAGCAGUCGUUGCCUGCACAGGGUUUACAGAUGACAUGAUGAAUCGGUGCAGUUGUCGCCUGCGCAGGGUUUACAGCUGACAGAUGGUGAAUCGGAGCAGUCGUUGCCUGCACAGGGUUUACAGAUGACAUGAUGAAUCGGUGUGGUUGUCGCCUGCGCAGGGUUUACAGCUGACAGAUGGUGAAUCGGAGCAGUCGUUGCUGGCACAGGAUUUACAGAUGACAUGAUGAAUCGGUGCAGUUGUCGCCUGCGCAGGGUUUACAGCUGACAGAUGGUGAAUCGGAGCAGUCGUUGCCUGCACAGGGUUUACAGAUGACAUGAUGAAUCGGUGUGGUUGUCGCCUGCGCAGGGUUUACAGAUGACAGAUGGUGAAUCGGAGCAGUCGUUGCCUGCACAGGGUUUACAGAUGACAUGAUGAAUCGGUGCAGUUGUCGCCUGCGCAGGGUUUACAGAUGACAGAUGGUGAAUCGGAGCAGUCGUUGCCUGCACAGGGUUUACAGAUGACAUGAUGAAUCGGUGCAGUUGUCGCCUGCGCAGGGUUUACAGUUUACACACAGUAAAUCGGUGCACUUGCCACCUGCGCAGGAUUUCCAGGUGACACACAGGGAAUCGGUGCGGUCGUCACCUGUGCCGGGUUUACAGUUUACACACAGUGACUUGGUGCGGUAGUCGCUUGCACAGAGUUUACAGCUGACAGAUGGUGAAUCGGUGCAGUAGUUGCCUGCGCAGGGUUUACAGCUUACGCGGUGAAUCGGUUCGGUAGCCGUCUGCACAGGGUUUACAGCUGACACACAGUGAAUCAGAGCAGUAGUCGCUUGCACAGGGUUUACAGCUUGCACACAGUGAAUCAAUGCAGUUGCCACCUGCGCAGGGUUUCCAGGUGACAAACAGUGAAUCGGUGCAGUUGGUGCCUGCGCAGGGUUUACAGCUGACACUCCGUUCGUCUACUGUGUUUUUCAACUUUGUGUUUGCCACCAAACAACCCGAGCAGAUGAGCUGCUGCCCCCUGACUGCC